CGGCGGGCGGGGGGGGCGGUCAUGUGACGCGGCCGCAAUGGCUGCGCCCACGCUGCUCCGCGCUGUCCGCUCCGCGUCCCCCCGCUAUUUGGGGACCUCCCGAUAUUUGGGGUCCCCCCGGGAUAAUUUGGGGACCCCCCGGGCCCGGAGCAGCGGGGUCGCCCCCGGGGAUCCCCCGCGGGACCCCGAGCGGACGCGGCUCCGCGCCCGGGAGCACAAGGAGAAGCGGCAGCGGCUGCGGAGGGACAGGGAGGAGCGGGGCGGGGAGCAGGUGCCGCCGCCCCCCCCCAAGGCCUGGACCCCCAAACCUGUGCUGGAAUACGAGCACCCGCUGGGGCCCGACGGCAAGAAAGCCACGGGGGUGCCGCUGCCCCCCUCCUACAGCCCGCGGUAUGUGGAGGCCGCCUGGUCCAGCUGGUGGGAGCGGGGGGGCUUCUUCACCCCCCCCCAAAACCCAGAGGGGGGGUCCCCGAUGCUGAGCAUGGUGCUGCCCCCCCCCAAUGUCACCGGCUCCCUGCACCUGGGCCACGCGCUGGGGGUGACAUUGCAGGACACCAUUGCCAGAUGGUCAGUGGGGGGGGGACACACAAUAUGGGGGGCAAAUGUGUCCCCAAUGGUGUCCCCAAUGUCCCCAGUGUCCCCAGGGAUGACCUCAGGGGUGUCCCCAAUGUCCCCAGGGGUGUCCCCAAUGUCCCCAAUGUUGUCCCCAAUGUCCCAGGGUUUCUCGGGGGCGGUGACCGCGGCGUUUGUCCGGUUGCACCGGGACGGGUUGAUCCGGCGCGACCGGCGACUGGUGAGCUGGAGCUGCGCCCUGAGAAGCGCGCUGGCCGACGUGGAGGUGGAGUGGCGGGCGCUCUCGGGCCCCACGUCCCUGUGUGUCCCCGGGUGUCCCCAACCCGUCACCUUCGGCGUCCUCGUCACCUUCGCUUACCCCGUGGAGGGAACGGACGACCUGGAGGUCCCUGUUGCCACCACUCGUCCCGAGACCAUCCUGGGGGACGUGGCCGUGGCCGUGAACCCCAAUGACCCCCGCUACACGCACCUGCAUGGGCGCCGCCUGCGACAUCCAAUCACAGGGCAGCUGCUGCCGCUCAUCACCGACCCCAGUGUGGAGCCCGACUGGGGAACUGGUGCGGUGAAGGUGACCCCUGGUCACAGUCCCCAGGACCUGCUGCUGGCCCGUUCCCACGGGCUGCCCGUUGUCACCGUCAUCGGGGACGAUGGCACCUUGUGUCCCCCAGACCGGGGCUGGCUGCAGGGCGUCCAUCGAUUCGCUGCUCGUCCCCUGGUGGUGGAAGCUCUGGCCAAUCGGGGGCUGUUUCGGGGCAGCCAGGACCACCCCAUGACCCUCCCCCUCUGCAGCCGCUCCGGGGACGUCGUCGAGUACCUGAUGAAGAGUCAAUGGUUCCUGCGCUGCCAAGAAAUGGCCGAGCGUGCGCGGGAGGCCGUGACGUCCGGGAAGCUCCAGCUCAUCCCCAAGUUCCAUGAGAAGAACUGGAAGACGUGGAUGGACAAUGUGGGGGACUGGUGCCUGUCGCGCCAGCUGUGCUGGGGUCACCGUGUCCCCGCGUUCCGGGUGGCGCCGCCGGGGGGUCCCGAGGGUCCCGAGUCGCCCCCCGAUGGGCUGUGGGUGGUGGGACCCACUGAGGACUCCGCCCGCGAGGCCGCCGCCCACGCGCUGCGCUGCCCCCUGCAGGACGUGCGGCUGCACCAAGACCCUGAUGUUCUGGACACUUGGUUUUCCUCGGCCCUUUUCCCCUUCGCCGCGCUGGGGUGGCCCCACCAGAGCCCCGAUUUGGGGCGGUUUUACCCCAAUUCUCUGCUGGUGACGGGGAGCGACCUCCUGUUCUUCUGGGUGUCACGCAUGGUCAUGCUGGGGCUGCAGCUCACGGGACAGCUGCCCUUCACACAGGUCCUCCUGCACUCCCUGGUCCGCGACGCCCACGGCCGCAAGAUGAGCAAAUCCCUGGGGAACGUCAUCGACCCCCGAGACGUCAUCACCGGGGCCACCCCCCAGGAGCUGCGGGACCGACUGAACCAACGCGGCCUCGACCCCCGCGAGCUGGCGCUGGCCACCGAGGGACAGAGGCGGCAGUUUCCUCAUGGGAUCCCCGAGUGCGGCGCCGACGCGCUGAGGAUGGCCCUGUGUGCGCAUAAUGUACAUGGCGCUGACGUCCGUCUGUCCGUCCCCGCCAUCCUGUCCCAGCGCCGCUUCUGCAACAAGGUCUGGAACGCCCUGCGUUUCGUGUUGGGGACCCUGCACCCCGGGGACCAGACAAGGGACCCCCAGCAGGUCCAGGUCACCGAUUGGAUGUCGCGCUGGGUCCUCUCCCGAUUGGCCGGUUCGGCUCAGGAGGCGUGUCGGGCGCUGGCGGCGCUGGAGCUGCAGGGGGCGCUGUUGGCCAUUCAGACCUUCUGGUUGCGCAACUUCUGCGACGUCUACCUGGAGGCGUCGAAGCCGCGUCUGUGUGUCCAGGACGUGCGGGUGACGCUGCUGACGUGUGCGGAUCUGGGGUUGCGCCUCCUGGCCCCGUUCGCCCCGUUUCUGGCCGAGGAGCUUUGGCAGCGCUUGCCCCACCCCCCUGGGGCCCCGCCCACCCUGGGCCACGCCCCCUUCCCCGACCACGCCCACAUGGCCCAUUGGUGCGACCCGCGGUUGGAGGCGGACGUGGCGGCCAUGUUGGAAGUGGUGCGUGCGGCGCGGGGCCUGCGCGACGUCUUCGGCCUGCGUGGGGCCCGGCCCCCCGUGGCCGUGCGCUGCCCCGCCCCGGGCCCUGAUUGGCUGUCAGCGCUGGGUCCCACUCUGCAGGCACUGGCAGGGGCGGGGUCUCUGAAGCUCCUCCCCCCGGGGGCGGAGCCUCCCAUGGGCCCCGGGUGGGUGGGGGCGCCGGCGGGAAACGACACCCACGUGUUCAUUGGGCUGCAGGGGCUGUUGGACCCAUCAGCCGCUCGCACCCAAAUCCAAACCCGCGUCCUCGGCCUCCAGCGGCGCCUGCGUGGAAUCCAGGGGACCCAGGCGUCCGGGGGGACCCAGGCGUCCGGGGGGUGGACCCAGGCGUCCGGGGAGUGGACCCAGGCAUCCGGGGACAUCCCUACCUCAUCCACCAAGCACCAGCAGGUUGCUGUUCUCCGUGCGGAACUCGCCCGAUUAACCCAAGCGCUGCGGGCGCUGGACGGGGACCCAGGCGUCCGGGGAGGGGACCCAGGCGUCCGGGGAGGGGACCCAGGCGUCCGGGGGGACCCUGCCCCCCAAUAAACCCAGCCCCCCGCAAGGAGCCACUAA